AAUCCGGUUCGGAGUUUUGCUGUGGACUUUUGGUUGGGUGUGCUUGAUUAAUUAAUCCCCUUUGUUAUUUCCUAAUGUGUAUAAUUUAAAUUUUGUUUGUAUUAAUAUUAUAGUUUGUGUCUAAUUUCUAUAAAAUUAUUUAAGAGUCAAUGAAGUGAACGUUAGAAACGAUGGCUGAUGACGAACAAGAUCCAAAAGAAUAUAGAUGGGAGACUGGUUAUGAGAAAACAUGGGAAGCUAUCAAAGAAGACGAAGAUGGUUUGGUGGAAGGUCUUGUUGCACAAUUUGCCCAAAAAGCAGCUCGGAAAACAAUUGCACAAAAACGUGGGCCAGUGCGAUUGGGGAUGAUGAGACACUUGUUAGUUGCCGUUGAUUGCUCUGAAGCUAUGAAUUCACAAGAUUUAAAGCCUUCAAGGUUUAUAUGUACACUUAAGCUCCUUGAGAAAUUUGUUGAAGAAUUCUUUGAUCAGAAUCCGUUAAGUCAGUUAAGUAUCAUAGCCAUGAAAAACAAGAGGGCUGAGAAAAUUACAGAAUUAUCAGGGAAUGUUAGAAAACACAUAAAGUCUGUCCAAGGGUUGACGAACAUGGCUUUGACUGGUGAACCAUCCUUACAAAAUACUUUGGAGUUAGCUGGCAGAGUACUCAGGCCACUGCCAGGGCAUGCUUCAAGGGAAUUGCUUGUUUUGUUUGCAUCCCUUACUUCAUGUGACCCAGGAGAUAUAAAUACUUCAAUACAGGCGUUAAAAACUGAUGGCAUAAGAUGUUCUGUGAUCGGAUUGGCAGCUGAAGUUAGAAUUUGUAAGAAACUAUGCCAAGACACUGGUGGUGAGUAUAAUGUGGUGUUGGAUGACGUCCAUUAUAGAUCGUUAUUGUUGGAGCACACGUCGCCUCCGCCGCGUGCUCGCUCGCUGGACGCUGGUCUCGUUAAAAUGGGUUUUCCUCACAGCGCUCCCCCCACUACACAAUCAGAUGCUAGCGCUAACGCAGACCCACCAAUUACUGUAUGCAUGUGCCACUUGGAGGAAGGCGAAGGCGUCGGUGGUGAAGGUCACUUCUGUCCGCAGUGUCGCAGCAAAUACUGUUCGCUGCCAGCACAGUGUAGAACAUGCGGAUUAACUCUCGCUUCAGCACCACAUUUAGCCAGAUCAUAUCAUCACUUGUUUCCCGUGGAACCGUAUGAGGAGAUACCGAAUGAUGGCCAAGCGCAGUACUGCUUUGGUUGCCUGCGUUCCUUCACAGACCUCGAUAAACAAAUAUAUCAAUGCAAGCGGUGCCAUUCGCACUACUGUUGGGAGUGUGAGGGCGUAGUAGGCACUACACUACACGUGUGCCCCGGCUGCGCUUCACGUCCCCAUCUCUACCAGCGGCUACCCGAUGCUUCGUGACACACAACAAAUAAAUUUCUACUGACUU